CGGUGCACGAGGCGGAGGCGGAGGAGAUGCGCUUCGAGGGCCCGCUCGACGAGGCGCUGCUCGGCCUCCAGGACCUCUUCGAGGCGCUCCUGCUCCGCCUCAAGCACCCCGGCCGCGGCGGCGGCGGCGGCGAGGUGAGCGACGUGGAGGAGGAGUACGAGCUGGGCACGGAUGACGAGGUGGACGCCGCGGCGAGGAUUGCAAGGACGCUCGCCGGCAACGACUGCUUGGACAUCUGCCUCGAUAUCUACGUCAAGGUGAGGUACAGGAGAGCGGCGAAGGCGAUGAUGCGGCUGAACCCGGAGUACCUCAAGUCGUACACGCCGGAGGACGUCGACGCCAUGGAGUGGGAGGCGCUCGAGUCGGCCAUGGCGCUGUGGGGCCCGCACUUCCACGUGGCCAUCUCCGGCGUGCUGGCGGCGGAGCGCUGGCUCUGCGCGCGCGUGCUCGCGCCCCUCCCGCCGGCGGUCUGGCCGGAGUGCUUCGCCAAGAUCGCCGCCCGCAUCGCCGCCGCGUUCUUCCGCUUCGCCGACGGCGUCGCCGCCGCCGCGGCGCGCGAGCCGCAGCGGCUGUUCAGGCUGCUCGACAUGCUCGACGCGGUGGCCCGGGAGAGGGGCCGCCUCGACGAGCUCUUCUCCGGCGAGUCGGCCACGCUGCUCGCCAUCCGCGAGCGCGCGCGCGAGGUGGAGCGCGCCCUCGCGCGCGCCGCCGCCGCCGCGUUCUACGAGUUCGGCCUCCGCGUCGAGACGCACUACGUCACCGCCGCCGCCGCCGGCGAGUCCGGGCACGUGCCCAAGAUCGUGCGCUACGCCGUGAACUACCUCAAGUGCCUCGCGUCCGACGACUACCGUGGCACCAUGGACGCCGCGCUGCGCGCCGGCGCCGGCGACGACGACGGCGGCGACAGCGAGGCGCUCGCGGAGGCGGCGUCGAACGUGCUGGAGGCGCUGCACCGGCACGUCGAGGCGGCGCGCCGCGCGCUCCCGGACGCGGUGGCGUCGCACGUCAUGGCCAUGAAUUCCUACUGGUACAUCUACAUGCGCGCCAGGGGAUCGGAGCUAGCCAGCCUCGUCGGCGACGACACGAUGCGGCGGCGGUACAAGGCGUCGGCGGAGGAGGCGGCGUGGGAGUACCAGGACGCGGCGUGGGGCCCGCUCGUCCGCCUCGUCAGCGGCAGCAGCUCCGGCGCGGCCAAGGCGUGGCCGUCGCCGGAGGAGGCGAGGGAGAAGGCGGCGGCGUUCGCCGACGCGCUGGAGGAGCGGGCGCGGCGGCACGGCGCGGAGUACAAGAUACCGGACGGCGACCUCCGGGAGCAGAUCAAGGCGGCGGCGGCGAAGGCGGUGCGCGGCGCCUACGCCGGGUUCCUCAGGGCGAACGACAGCGCGGUGGCUUCCGGCGGCGGCCGGCGGGAGUUCCUGCCGGUGGACGCCAUUGAGGGGAUGGUGCGGCGGGUGUUCGACGAAAUGGGCGACGGCGGCGGCGUCGCCGGCAGCGCUGGCCGGACGAGGAGCCGACGGCAGAGUGGCAAUCUUGAGGGGUUUGAGGGCUAAUUGAACCCACAGUGGCGCAUUUGGCGCCAAUAUAUCUUUUAAAUUUUGAUGGCGUUUUCAUUUAAGUGUGGAUUAGAAUACGUUCGUCAAUUUGUUCUCUUUGUGGAUUAUGGUUAAGAAUAAGAAUGCAUUUUAUUCACAAAUAUGAUCAACCAGGUAAAUCCCAAGAUUUAAACGUGAUAAUUAAAUUUCAUGAUAUCAGUUUGCCAAGGCAGCAUACUGAGUUUCUAACCAUUGAUAAUUAAAUUAUGAGUGAAAUGCACUUUAUGCCAUAUUUUGUUGUUAAAUUUUUAUUUUAGAUCACCCUUUAUUCAACCUUUUUACUUUGAACUACUCCCUUUAUUUUUAUUUUAGGUUAUAAGAUGUUUUGACUUUCGUCAAAGUCAAACUGUUUUAUCCCCGCAAAAAAAAGUCAAACUAUUUUAAAUUUGGCCAGUUUAUAGACAAAUAUAG